AUGAGGGAGUGCCGGAUUGCUCACCCCAUUGUUAAAUGCACUUACUGCAGGACUGAAUUCCAGCAGGAAAGCAAAACCAACACGAUAUGCAAGAAGUGUGCUCAGAACGUGAAGCUCUACGGCACACCAAAGCCCUGCCAGUACUGCAACAUCAUAGCAGCAUUUAUUGGCAACAAGUGCCAGCGUUGCACCAACUCGGAGAAGAAGUAUGGCCCCCCUCACUCGUGUGAGCAGUGCAAGCAGCAGUGUGCCUUCGACAGGAAGGACGACAGGAAGAAGGUGGAUGGGAAGCUGCUGUGCUGGUUGUGCACGUUGUCCUACAAACGGGUCCUGCAGAAGACCAAAGAGCAGUGCAAACACCUGAGCAGCUCUUCCCGGGCCAGCCUGCAGGAGAAGGAGCAGUUCAGCAGGCUCAGCAGUGGCAGCCACUACAACAGCCAGAAAACCUUAUCCACCUCUUCCAUUCAGAACGAAAUCCCAAAGAAGAAAGCCAAGUUUGACGCCAUAUCUGCCAAUGGUGACAGCGUUCCUUCCUCUCCCGAGAUGCUUUGCCCCCUUAUCCAGAGGGCCCCGUCCACGUUGGCGCAGUGGGCUGCUUCCCAGCAGGCUCUCGGGGCCCACCAUUGUCCUGUUGCUCAAGGCACUGACAUCCUGAACUUUUCUCCAGACCUGGCCCUGGACUCCCCUGGCACCGACCACUUUGUCAUCAUUGCCCAGCUGAAGGAGGAAGUGGCUACUUUAAAAAAGAUGCUGCACCAGAAGGAUCAGAUGAUUCUGGAGAAGGAGAAGAAGAUCACGGAGCUGAAAGCCGACCUGCAGUACCAGGAAUCACAGAUGAGGGCAAAGAUGAACCAGAUGGAGAAGACACACAAGGAGGUCAUGGAGCAGUUACAGGCCAAGAACAGAGAACUCCUGAAGCAAGCGGCUGCCCUGUCGAAAGGCAAAAAGCCGGAGAAGUCGGGAGCAAUAACCUCCCCUUAAAGCCAACCCCCCAGUCUGGGAGCUUUCCCCAGCAUUAGCCAAGGAGUCUGGGAGACCUGCUGGAUCCCUGGAAGCCAAAACCUCCGUGUUGUCACUGUCCCACUGCCGUGGACUCCAUGGGAAUUCCUGAUGUGUGUUGCCUUCCGACAGCAUGCUCGAGCGUGGCCGGUUUCCAUCCGCAGGGAGAGGUCCCAGGCCUUCCUAAAUCCCCCCUGAAGUACUGUUUUCUGGGAGAAAUCUUUCCCUAGCCAGUUGCUACCACUGCCAGCCCUUUCCAUGAGCAAACAGGAACCUGCUGCAUUAGGGGCUCCUUGCUGGUUCCCAGCCUGCUGCUGCCAGGGAAUUGCUGUGGCCAGUUGUUCCGCAGAUAAAGCGGGAGCUGGGCGUGGUGGGACCUGGAUUCUUUUUUCCCCUUGAACUGUUCCCUCUUCAAAAGGGAGCCGAGAACUCACCAGCCCAACAGAUGUUCCUGGGAGGUUGUGCCACUGCUGACAAACGGUUGAUCCAGUUUUUUUGAAGAUGCUUCCAAAAUGGGGGCUGUGUAUUUAUCUUGGAAGAUUUUUUUUUUUGUGUGUGUGUGUGUUUUGUUUUGGAUUUUUUUUUUUCUUCUUCUUUUCUCUGUCAACUCGACAGACCAAACUGCCUGGUUUUGUGUUUCCUUGUUUUUCUCAUGAGAGCUUUUGGGUUGGGAGCCAGAGUGGAACGAUACAGCCCCAAACCCAUCCCAAAUUCCCCCACCAGCACCCUGGUUACGUGGUGACCUUUGGGGCUUCGAUGACUUCUGCAGCUUGGUGUGAUCCCUCUUCUCCCCCCUUUCCCUGCCCCUUCCAGAUGCAGGGGCCAGCUUGGCUCCAGGAAAGCACUUACUCAGGCAGCCACCUGAGCCAGGGAGUGGUUUUUUUUGG